AUGGAUUAUGCUUCAGUUCCAACACAACAGCAAACGAAUUUACAUGCAUCUCAGACGUCACAGUUUGUCGCAACAUGCUUGUCGGCGACCUUGCCGAAUAAUAACGAUUCUGGUGGGGUAUCGUCUGUGGUACCACCAUACUAUGCAACAUCGCCGAUUGAUUUAGGCGGUUCGCCAUCUGGUGCUUCACCGUCGUACUGUUACUCGCAGCAGCAAAUUCAGCAUCCUGGACUACAGUCUCAGCAACUUUUAUGGCAGUCAGCUAAUGGUUUUCAGCAGUUUGAAAAUCAAAAUCCUAUUUUGCCGCAGCAUUUUGUUCAGAAUCCUCAACUCUUCUAUCACUCGCAACAUCUAAACCAUUGCGGUAUUGAAGUCAAAUUCCUAAUUUUUUUCUUACAGUUUUGUAAUACGUUUUAUGGAGGGGUUUCAACCCCGUCUUCAGGAGCCUUUGGUUCAUCGUUUGAUACUUUUGGGGCUCCAACCGCUGUUCAGCAGCCACCACAACAAAGUGGUGUCUACUCCAAUAUAGUUUCAUUUCCACAACAAAUGCAUUUUCUAAAUGUUAUUGCUGAUCAGCAACAGUUAACUAGAGAAGUUAUGCAAGAUUAUUUGAAUAAUCAGUCGAAAUAUGACUGUAUUGUAAGUAUAUUUCAUGCUAAGGUGGCUCAGAAAUCGUAUGGAAAUGAAAAAAGGUUCUUUUGUCCACCACCAUGCAUUUACCUAUUUGGAGAUGGAUGGAAGCACAAAAAGCGGAUGGCAGAAGAGUUGUAUCAUCGAUUUCGAGAAACGCAAAAACGGAACGGUAUUGUAGAUAGUGAACCUGAACGGGAAAGGGUUACGGAUUUGCGGGCGACUGAGUUGUGUGCCUUUAUUGGCAUUGGUGCACCAUCAGAACAAGAAAAACAGUCAUUGGAUUUUUCAAGCAAUAAAGAUUACUGCGCUGCUAAAACGCUCUACAUAUCGGAUGCUGAUAAAAGAAAAUAUUUUGAAUUAUCUGUUCAAUUCUUCUACGGGUCGGGUCAUGAAAUAGGAACAUUUUCGUCGCAGAGAAUCAAAGUGAUCAGCAAACCGAGCAAGAAAAAACAAAGCAUGAAAAAUACAGACUGUAAAUACUUAUGUAUUGCAUCGGGCACAAAGGUAGCAUUAUUUAAUCGUUUACGUUCUCAGACAGUGAGUACACGUUAUUUGCACGUUGAAGGAAACAACUUUCAUGCAAGUUCAACUAAAUGGGGUGCAUUUACGAUACAUCUUGUCGACGACGACCCAAACUCAGCUGAGUCGGAAAAUUUCAGUGUAAAGGAUGGUUACAUUCAUUAUGGGGCACUUGUAAAGCUAAUUGACAGUGUGUCUGGCAUGUCCCUUCCUCGUCUUAGAAUUCGUAAAGUAGAUAAACAGCACGUCAUUUUGGACCCUGGAGCUGGAGAAGAACCAGUCAGCCAGUUGCAUAAAUGUGCUUUUCAGAUGCUGGAUGCUGAAAAUGUUUACCUGUGUUUAUCACAUGAUAAGAUUAUUCAGCAUCAGGCUAUUGUUAUUGACCCUACUCGGCACCAAAUCAGUGACGGGGCGUCUUGGACAAUCAUUUCUACGGAUAAGGCUGAAUAUCGGUUCUAUGAAGCCAUGGGUCCAGUGCGAUCUCCCGUCACUCCAAUCCCGGUUGUACUUGGUCUAGAAUUGUAUGGGGAGGGUGAAUUAGCUAGAAUUGAUUUAACUGGCAACAAUUUUACUUCAAAUUUAAAGAUUUGGUUUGGAACAACACCAGUGGAUACUGUUUUUAGGUCUGAAGAAUCAAUUGGCUGCUUUGUGCCACCGUUGGCAACCGUAUGCGCAAAUUGGUGUCAUUAUAGUGGCGAGCUGACUGAAGUACCGAUAUCAUUGGUUCGUGAUGACGGUGUUAUUUACGCAACAAAUAUGAACUUUAGCUAUAAAACUGAACCAAGUGCUCGUGCUGCUGCUAGGCGGUUAUGUUAA